UUGUGCUCUCCUCUCGCUCCGAAACCCUAACCUUAUUGACUGAUUUUUGUAGAAAACUUUGCAGCAUUGGAAAUUUCCUAUGGACCGGCCGAGAUGUUGAAGAUCUUUCCGACCAUUCAUAUGGAUUUCUGUUGCCCGAAAAUAGACAUUUUUUGAAUAAUAAAUGUGGAAGGUCUUGUAAUCUCUGCCUGACUAAUGGGGAUUGAUAGACAAAGUUCAAAGAGUGGAGGAGGUUAUGUUGGUGGCUUCCUCCAACUGUUCGACUGGAAUGGCAGGUCGCAUAAGAAGUUGUUCUCCAACAAAACUGAUUUACCAGCAGAGGGAUCAAAACAGGGGAAGAAAAGUUAUGGGAAUUUGCCGAUGACACGACUCCGACUGGUAGAGGAGGAUGAGAAUGGAGGAUCUAGUAUCAAAGGGAGCAGUGAUUACAGCUGUGCUUCGUCAGUGACUGACGAUGAAGGAAAUGGAACCAGAGCUCCUGGGGUAGUAGCCAGGCUUAUGGGAUUAGAUUCCUUGCCAACUUCCAACACUGCAGAGCCCUAUUCUACCCCAUUUUUUGAUUCCCAUUCUCUACGAGAUGCAAAUUACCACAGGAGAACCCCUGAGUUUCACAAUGAAGAAAAUAUUUUGCAUUCUAGCAACCAGCUCCCUGAAUUUGAGGGCUUCUCUAGAAAUCUUGCAGAACCCAGGCCUCCGAAGAUGCAGAGCCGUUCGAUUGAGAGGUUCCAGACUGAAACAUUGCCUCCUAAGUCAGCUAAAUCCAUCCCAAUCACCCAUCAUAAGCUUUUGUCUCCAAUUAAGAGCCCUGGAUUCAUUCCGUCCAAGAAUGCAGCUCAUAUAAUGGAGGCAGCUGCAAAGAUAAUCGAACCAGGACCUCAAAGCACUAGCAAAGGUAAAAUGCCUUCUAUUGGUUCUACUUCAAUUCCUUUGAAAGUUAGGGAUUUUAAGGAGAAGAUUCAAGCUGCACAGAGACCAACCAGGCUUCCUGAAGCUCGAAAGCCAGUUGACCCCAGUGCUGCUAAGUAUUUUAAAGGACAGUCAUUAACAAAAAGCUGGAAUGGUUCAGAAGAUAAACCUCGGUUAAGGACUUCCCUAGAUUCAGAAGAAAAUAGUUCGGUCGGAUUGAAGAAUAAAGCUAAAUCCGUUUCGCUCGCAAUCCAAGCAAAGGUCAAUGUCCAGAGGAGAGAAGGCUCGGGCUCAAACAGUAGUAGGAAUCCGUUAGGCCAGAAGGAACACAACGAUGUUAAGGCAAACCAGCCAUCCAAGAACCAACCAAAUGCCCAGAAGAAUACACAGAAGAAAGCUUCCAUUCAGGGUGGUUUGAGUGUGCUGAGACAGAAUAACCAAAAACAGAAUUGUCUAACCACCAAAGACAAGGUACACUCAAAGCCUUCAGUUUCUCAGCAACAAGGAAGAAAACCUCCAUCUGGGGAUGCUUCCGGUGACCGUACAAAAACUUUAAACAAAGCUGCAGGGAACUCCAAAGUUGGAUCCAGAAGGACCGGCUUAGAGGCUUCUAAUGUUGAAAAGAUCCCAUCAUCUAGAACCAAAAGUGUCACUAGAAAAAAACGAUCAGUUGAUGGAGAUUUCCAGUUCAAGAAAAAUGGGAUGGUUGAUACUGUCAUCGCUGACAAGGAUGAGAAGCCUAUCUUGUCCAAUGUUGAUAGACUUGGACAGUCAACGGGGGCAGAAGAUAACAAAUGGAAGGGAAUGGAUGUUGUUUCUUUUACUUUCACUUCUCCCAUGAUAAAAGGUGUUCCUGCAUCACAGUCCUCAAGUAAGGUGGAGAAAAAUAGUGUCUUUUCUGUGGAUUCAUGUGGUGAUAAAAUUCCUUCUGAUGUGAAAAAUGCAAAACCAUCUUCUCUAGGACUAAAUGUGAUAGGAGGUGAUGCUUUGAGUAUUCUUUUAGAACAAAAGCUGAGAGAAUUAACAUAUGGAGUUGGAUCUUCUUACCAUAACACGGUCAAAACAGACACUGCUACUAGUUCUGCAUCGAUUCUGGAAGAUUUGGUGUCUGCUCUCAAUGCAGUAGGCACAUCGCCAGGGGGAUGUAACAAUGGUUCUCAAAUUAAAUGCAAUGAUAAAUUUGGAAGCAGUUGUGAUCCCGCCUGCUCUUCAACUGACGCUCAGGAGCUAAAAAUGAGCCAUAAGUUACUGGGACAGGAAAGGAUGAGCAAGUGCAAUAGUGAUCCAGGGAUGGAAACUGACUUACAUCCCAGUCCAAUUUCUGUUCUGGAACCAUCUUUCUCGAAUGAAAGUUGCAGUUAUUCAGAUAGUGGAGACAGUGGGAGUACCAAUGGCAGCAAGCAGUGUUCUUCUGUUCAAGAUCAAGAAGUGAUUGGUUCGAGUCAUCCAGGAAAAUUUCAACCACCGGAAGCUGAGACAGAGUUAUCUGAUUCAGCCUCUUCCACUUCUACAGGGACAAGAGGUGGAAAAUUUGAAAUCACAUACGAUGUGGCAGGCAGCACCCAAUCGGAGGAAUGGGAAUUGGAAUAUGUGAGGGAGAUUUUAUGCAAUGUGGAGUUAAUGUUCAAGGAUUUUACCUUGGGACGAGCUUGUGAGAUCAUAAACCCCCAUCUCUUUGAUCAGUUGGAGAAUUGUAAACUUGGGUUGGGAAGCGAGGCAGAGGAGGAUUAUGCACCGAUGCGGAAGAUGGUAUUUGAAUGUGUUAGCGAAUGCUUAGAUAUAAGAUGCAGGCGGUAUGCUGGUGGGGGCAGCAAAACAUGGGCCAAAGGGGUGGCCAUGGUGCAGAGAAAGGGUUGGCUAGCAGAGGAAGUGUGCAAGGAGAUCUCAGGAUGGAGAAGCAUGGGAGAUUGGGUGGUGGAUGAGCUUGUAGACAAGGACAUGAGCAGUCAGGACGGAAGAUGGUUUGAUUUUGAAAUUGAGGCAUUUGAAGUGGGAGUAGCGAUUGAGACUUGAGAGAGGGUUAUUGUUGAUUGUUGAAGUUGUUACAGACAUCACACGUUGGGAUGGCUAUUUUAAGAGUUUCUUUCCACUCCAGUUUAAGAUUAUUUUCUGUAUAUCUCCCACGUGGAGACCUUGUUCUGAUUCUUCAAUCACAGUUUUCUCAUUUCUGU